AUGGGUUGUGGAACGAGCACUGGGCAGAGCAAAGUUGGCAUAACGUCACCAGAAGCUCCUCCUACGAGUACAGGGCAGCGGAAGGCUGACACAACGUCACCAGAAGCUCCCUCACCUGCGACACUGGACAUGGUGGUUGGGCGCUUGGCAGACGACACCGUCAGCAAGGUGGCAUGGCCCAGCGUCCCAUCAAGUUGGCGCAGCGAGCCAGAAGGCAACACUUCGAGUGUGCCUGUCGUGAUUGUGGACGUCGGCAAGGGCAUGGCGAAGGUCAAAGCAAGUUUCUUCAGGCUGUUUCCGUGUGCGCGAUUCAUGACGGUGGCAGAGUUCUGUGACGACAGGGAUUCCCUUGUGGGACGGUGUGUGCUCGUGAUUCAUGGCGGCACGGAGCACUCGAAGUACAUUCAGGAAGAUGAGAAGCAUGCGCUGACCGCACACCUUGAAGGUGGAGGGGCAUUGCUGACAAUCGCAUCUGGAUCUACGUUCUGUGGCUGCAACAAGGGGUGCCUUGGCCUUCUGCCAUUUUUUGCUCAUGGCAGGCGCAACUGGAAUCGCGGCACAGGGCAAGUCACGAUGCUGCUCUCCAGCUUUGGCCAAGCCUGUCUGACAUCCUUGCAAACAUUGCAAGAGGCGGAAGGAAUUCAGUCUCAAUAUUUCAACGGUCCGGCUCUUGUGCCCAUGAUGGGAGCAGAAUAUCAGGCAAUGGGUGGCCCUUUUGAUCUUGAGUGCGGGAUGGGGGUCCCUUUCCUCACCUACCAGACAGAGAUGAACGAGUGCCAGUCGAAGACAUCGCUGCUCGGAAUGCCUGCGGUGAUCGCAGGGGAACUCAAACCAUUCGGCGGAAGAUUCGUGGCCGUCUCACCGAACGUCGAGGUUGGCACGUCCAAGUCCAGCUGUAUCCUCACAGAAGCACUUGUUCGUUGGGCCUCGAUGGGAAUCGAGAGCUCACAGCUCGGAGACAGCCGAAGCCGCGUGGAAAGCAUCGAUGCCCCUGUCUUCAAUGAGGACGCAUUGACCGGGACUUUUCGAGAUGGUGGGGCGUUGAUCAAGCUGUCGCCGGCAUCAUCGCGUCUGCCAGCAAUUCGGCAGCUGGACCAGGAGGGAGGCUUUGCAUUACCCGAAGGCCACCGGCUCGUCCUUGUCGACCUGGGAAAAGGCCCUGAGCAGUUGCAAGAGAUUUUUGGGCCGUUGGUUCCCGAUGCGGAGCAACGGCCCAUAGUUGAGCCAAAGGCCUUGCCAUCCUUCUUGCGGCGCACGGAUGUAGUUUUGCUUCAUGGUGGCAUGGCAAACGAGCAUGCCGAGCGAUUGGGGGUUGAUGGGCGACGAGCUAUCCGGCGGCACCUGCACGAAGGAGGCUCAGUUCUGGGCAUUUGCGCGGGUGCACACUGGCUGUCUUGUAGGGAUCUCCCGCUUUGGGGCCAUGUUGUUCCAGCUCUACCCCAUGACAAUGCGAAUUGGAGGAGGGGCGUGGGUGACGUCACAGUCUCGCUGACAGGUGAGGGUCGGAGAAUCCUGGGUCUUGAAGAUCUGUCUUCUCUUCGGUUGAGGUAUGCCAACGGACCACUCUUGGUUUCUUGGGUGCCGGAAGCGUACAACAACUAUCAGCCGGGCAGGAUGCCAGAAUCUGCCAUGGAAUCAAUGGAUGACGUCCUUAUCCCCUGUGCCAGCGUACCCACUCCGGUCGCUGUAUUCUCCGACUGCCACGACGACCGGAUCGAAGGCUGGCCCUCCAUGAAGGGCCAUGCAGCAGCUUGGGCCUGGCAACGUCCUCAGAGUGGCCGGGCCGUGGUCUUGUCCCCUCAUCCCGAGUACGCCCAGACCGAGGAGUCUCGACUUCUUUUUCGGAGGCUGCUCCUGUGGUGUGUGGGUUGA